AUGAGCAGCCCGGCGCGAGCCUACGACUUCCUGCUCAAGUUCCUGCUCGUGGGCGACAGCGACGUGGGCAAGGGCGAGAUCCUGGCCAGCCUGCAGGGCGGCGCCGCCGAGGCGCCCUACGGCCUCCACAUGGGUAUUGAUUACAAGACUACAACUAUCCUUCUGGAUGGCCGGCGAAUCAAGCUGCAGCUCUGGGAUGCAUCAGGACAAGGGAGGUUCUGCACCAUAUUUCGGUCUUACUCAAGAGGUGCACAGGGUGUAAUACUAGUGUAUGAUAUUACAAAUCGUUGGUCAUUCGAUGGCAUCGAUCGAUGGAUAAAAGAAAUAGAUGAGCAUGCUCCAGGCGUACCAAAAAUCCUGGUGGGAAAUCGCCUUCACUUGGCCUUCAAGCGCCAAGUGUCUACUGAACAAGCACAAGCCUAUGCCGAGCGGCUGGGCAURACUUUCUUUGAAGUCAGCCCCCUUUGUAAUUUCAAUAUUACGGAGUCCUUUACUGAGCUUGCAAGAAUAGUAUUGAUGAGACAUGGAAUGGACAGGCUCUGGAAGCCGAACAAGGUACUGAGCCUGCAAGACCUCUGUUGCCGUGCCAUAGUUUCCUGCACCCCUGUGCAUCUUGUCGACAAGCUCCCUCUCCCCGUUGCCUUACGGAGCCAUCUCAAAUCCUUCUCCAUGGCCAACGGCCUUAAUGCCAGGAUGAUGCACGGACGCUCGUACUCCCUCACAUCCAACAACAUCAGUAAAAGGARCAGCUUAAAGAAAGCGAAGAUUAUCCGUCCACCACAGAGCCCACCAAAAAACUGUACAAGAAACAGCUGCAAAAUUUCCUGAACACUCUGCAGGAAAAGAGACCUGGAUGAGAUCCCCCCACACGCCAUGUGAAGUGCAAGGACUCUGUGUUCAUAGCUGAGCGUGUUCUAUGUGUGUAUCACAUUGCAUAGACAAAAAUAAGGAAACUCUAAUUUCAGAACUUGCUCACUAGAGCAAUGCUGCUUUGGGAUGAAGGGUGUGUUAAGUGCAACUGAAAGGAUGCGAUGUUUUCCUGUUGGAUUUUCAUAUUGUAUUUUAGUUUUGAUGUGCACAAUGCCAUUGUUUUUACUAGUAGAUGUGUUUUAAAAUGAGAAAUAAUAUGCUUAUUUUGAGUUCUUUAACUACCUGAAAUCUGGAAAGUGACUUACUAUGUAUAUAAAAACCUAUGUAUUUGCAAACUGUGUUCAAAAAAAAGAGUGUCUGGUUUGCAUAUUCAGGCAGAGGUUUUUAAAUGCAGUGUAUUAUAUACAUUGUAAAUUCURCAAAUAGUGUGAAAAUUCUAGUAAUGUUGCAUUUGUGCAUUUGGACUUUGUAAAGCUUCCUUGACAACCUCAAAGCACUAAUUUAACCUAAGCUAAAAAUGUGUAUAUAACUAUUAUGCACAUACACAACUAGGUUUUGUCUGAUUAGUGUAUGAAAUAGAUUUGAUAAAGCUUUCAAUAUGUUAUUUAAUACUCUGGGGGAUUAAUUUGUGGUUUAUAUACUUAUUU